AUGAACAAACAAGAAGAAGAAGGAGAAGAGGACAGUAUGGUAUUAUUACCAAACCUACCAUUCUUGAUACAAGCAAAGAUAUUUAGAUAUGUAAACGAGAUUGGUUUUGAUUUGGUUUGUUCAAGAUUCUUUCAACUUGCAACAUCAAUCUUUACAACACUAGAUUUUCGAUUGAUAAAGAGAGAAUUCAUAUCAAAUGCUGAUUGUCUCUUAUUGGGUCAUGACAAACCUACCAUUACACAAGAAGAUGGUGUAUCUACAUACCGUAACUUUAUCAAAGACCCUUGGAGUCAAGUUAAAGCAUAUCAUAGUGUUACUACGAAUAUGAAGAGCAUAUUUUAA